AUAUAGAAAUAAUAGAUCUUACAGAACAAAUGAAUAGAUUAACCAUCCAAGAUAGAGAAUACUAUCAAGACCCUAAAGAAGAAAAAUCACAAAAAAGAAUCAGAGAACAAAAAUGUGAAAAGACAUUACAAAUAAUAAAUGAGUUCUUAAAUAAAUAUAGAACUGAAGAAGUGACUAAAAAGAAAAAGAUAUCACCACCACCAAUACUGAAAAAUAUAACAACAUUAUUAAAUAAAAAUGUAAAAGAAAUAAAACAUAAACAAGAACAAGAAUCUCAAAAUGAACAAUUCGUAAAAGAUCUAGAAGAAUUAAUGGUAAAAAUUACCAAUAUAGAAAAUGAAUAUGAGGCAAUCCAGAACUAA